AUUUUGUAUGCAUGGAGUUACUAUCCAGUAAAAUACGAUACCGUUUUUGAACAAAGCACCAACACUUGGUGUGUAGCUGGUGCAGAAUGUAUUGAGGAUAUAUUCACUCGAUAUAGGACUAAAAAUAUGCAGGCAACAUAUUCACAGUGAUUUUGCCAAAUCUUGAUACAGUUGCCCAUAACUAUUAUCACAAAUAUUCAAAAGAAGUGAGAAAUGUGGACUUACACAUCAAAAACAUAACGAAGAUAUUCGGAAAAAUAUUUAAAGAUAACAAAACUACCUUUCUAGUAACUUCAGAUCAUGGUAUGAGACCAGAUGCUGGACACGGAUCAAAUUAUCCAACAGAAAGAGCUUCACCAUUAAUUUGUUGGGGCGCUGGUAUUCACAAAGAUCAGAAAAGAAAAAAUGUGCGUAACAUAGACAUAGCACCACUAAUUUCUGCUUUACUUGGAAUCAAUUUUCCCAGCAAUUCUAGAGGAAUUAUUCCAAUAGACUAUUUGGAUAUUUCUCUUGAAGAGAAGUAUAAACUACUCUUGAAUAAUCUUCAUCAAAUCUUCUAUAUUUAUGAGAGGAGAAAUGGAAGACUAUCAAAAGGAACUCUGAUCUACCGAAAUCAUUUGACUAUGCAAAAAAUCAAAAAUCGACUCAUAGAAAUGUCAAUAACGAAUGGAACAAUUACAAAUGAAACCUUUACAAAAAUUCGAGAUUCAAUCCAGAUGGUUUUGGAUGCUAUACAGUAUGAUGAAUUAUACUUCACAUAUAACAUCAUAUUUUCAGGAUUACUCGCUGUAUUGUUUUGGAUUCUUUAUUUAUUCUCCAUAAUUCCAGGAGAAAUUCCUGAAAAUAAGAAGGAAUAUUUCAUAACAAAGAAAUUCAUUCUACUUGUAAUUUUUUACUUCAGUUGUAUCAGCUCUGUUGUAUACUCUGAAACAUUUUUCUUUGCUUACUAUGCUUUUCCAAUAGGUUCUUUCUGUCUUUUGAUGAAUAACUACAAAAAAUUUCUUAGCCUUUUUUAUAAAAGUUAUACGUGUCCUCCGUUGGUUUUGAUUGCAUUCUUCUUGUAUUUCUAUAUAUCAUUGAUAUUAGGUUUUUAUAGACACCAGUACUUUUCUGUGACAUUUUUUAUUAUGUCUCUCCUUUCUUACAUCUUACCUUUCACCAAUCCAAAGUAUUCUGGUGCGUGGAAUCAUACAUGGGCCAUCCUUUGUGUAAUUUUAUCCUUGUUUUCUUCUAUUUCAUUCAACUCGACAUCAGAAAUAGGAAGUUUAUUGAUACUUACUGGUUGUGUCCUAUGGCAUUUAUCCAGUUUAUAUUAUUUUUUCGAAAUUAUCAUAAAUAAGGAAGGUUUUCAUGUAACAAGUGGACAAUAUCUUAUAAUAUUAGUACAGAACCUUUGUUCAUUUUCAGCUGUCAUGAUUCGUUUCGGAACACCUCCUAUUGAAGAUUGUUACAAAUUUGUGAUACUUAUUGUAUUAAUUCCUCUAGUCUUGAUUCCUUUCUCGAUGAAAAUAGCAGAAUUAAAAAUUUUUACCAUUUUUCUGGGAGUUAUUCCAGUUUUGAUUAUUAUUUCUCUUCCUCAGGAUCUUUUAGUACUUUCAGUAUUUUCAAUGCUUUUAAUAAAUUGUUAUUCGAUAGUGAAAAUUGACGGUAGCAGUUAUACUACACAAUAUUUACAAUACUUUAUCGUUUGUUUGAUCAUUAUUGGAAUGAAUCUUUUCUGCUUAACAGGAAUCGUGAACUUGUAUAAUUUAGAUUACCCUAGAUGGAUAAACAAUAGUGAAAAAUAUGAAUGGGUCAAAUAUGAUAUUUAUAUAUUGAAAUUUUUUUUAUCUAUCGUUCUCACAGGUUGUAUUUUGCGAUAUAUUUUCCUUAAAACGGGAAUGGAAUUGAAAACAUGCUUCAUUUUCCUGGAAAUAUUUUUCAGUUCAAUGUUGUUCCACAUCAUUUUAAGAAUAAGGAACAGUGGAUCUUGGUUACAAAUGGGAACAAGCUUCAUAAAUUUCAUUAUUGUGAACUUUUUUCCUUUGUUUUCAAUUCUAUUCAUUCAGGCUGCUCACUUUCUGAUGGAUUUUGGAUUUCCUUUUUUGUUUGGUGAGAAACUCUUAGCUUUUACCAAUAGUAUAUAAUUCAAACAACUACUCAUUUUUAAGUUUAAUGCCUUCAUAUCAUUAAUAAUCAAAGUAUUAUAAGCAGGUCAAUGUGAAUUCAUAAAAUAAUUUAAUAAACAACAUUUUUAUAAGGAA